AGAAGCUCCACUUUAAUUUUGAAUUACAGAUCGGAGUUUCUCAUUCCCUCCUCUCAACAUCAAACGAAGAAGCCAAUGAAUAAUCUUCUUCACUAAUCUCUCUAACGAAUCACUUCUCGAGAGCACUCACGAUGCAGGAUAUUCUCGGAUCGGUUCGCCGAUCCUUAGUUUUCCGAUCAUCUCUAGCCGGAGACGACGGAGGAGGAGGAGGAGGGAGUCUCAGCGGAUUCGUCGGGAAGAUCAACUCCAGCAUCCGCAGCUCUCGAAUCGGAUUAUUCAACAAGACGCCUCCGGGACUCCCCGCUCCGAGAAAGGAGGAAGCGCCGUCGGCGAUUCGGUGGAGAAAGGGGGAGUUAAUCGGUUGCGGUGCUUUCGGGAGGGUUUACAUGGGGAUGAACCUUGAUUCCGGCGAGCUUCUCGCGAUUAAACAGGUUUUAAUUGCUCCAAACAAUGCAAAGGAGAAGACUCAGGGUCAUAUACGUGAGAUUGAGGAAGAAGUGAGACUUCUCAAGAAUCUUUCACAUCCAAACAUUGUUAGAUAUUUGGGAACUGUAAGGGAGAGUGAUUCGUUGAAUAUAUUGAUGGAGUUUGUUUCCGGUGGUUCUAUUUCAUCUUUGUUGGAGAAGUUUGGAUCUUUUCCUGAACCUGUUAUAAUAAUGUACACAAAGCAACUUUUGCUUGGUUUGGAGUAUCUUCACAAGAAUGGGAUUAUGCAUAGAGAUAUCAAGGGGGCUAAUAUUUUGGUCGAUAAUAAAGGGUGCAUCAGGCUCGCGGAUUUUGGUGCUUCUAAGAAAGUUGAAGAGCUAGCUACUGUAAAUGGUGCCAAAUCUAUGAAGGGAACACCGUAUUGGAUGGCUCCUGAAGUUAUUCUUCAGACUGGUCAUAGCUUCUCUGCUGAUAUAUGGAGCGUUGGGUGCACUGUGAUCGAGAUGGCUACAGGGAAACCUCCAUGGAGCGAGCAGUACCAGCAGUUUGCCGCUGUCCUUCAUAUUGGUAGAACAAAAGCUCAUCCACCAAUUCCAGAAUACCUUUCACCAGAGGCUAAAGACUUUCUACUGAAAUGCUUACACAAGGAACCAAGCUUGAGACUCUCUGCACCUGAAUUGCUUCAGCAUCCCUUUGUCACUGGAGAGCACAAGGAACCUCAUCCUGCUUUCCGUAUUUCUCUUACGGAAGGCGAAAACUCAGUACAAGGAAUAAAUGUUAGGAAUUCAAUGAACUCUUUGAUGAGGAUGUCAACCUGUUCUGGCUUGAAGGAUGUCUGUGAACUCGGAAGCUUGAGGAGUUCUAUUAUACACCCUGAGAAGUCAAAUAACUCAGGAUUUCAUUGGCAAGAUGGCGACUCUGAUGACCUUUGUCAGAUCGAUAUGGAUGAUCUCUGCAACAUUUCAUCAGUCAGUAACAAUGUUUUGUCACAAUCCACAGAUUUAAACAAGAGUUUUAAUCCCAUGUGUGAUUCCACGGAUAACUGGUCAUGCAAAUUUGACGAAAGCCCGGAAGUGAAGAGAAGUAAAUCUAAUAUGCUUUCUUACCAAGCCGCUGAACUCAAAUCUGGUGUUCCAUGUGAUGAGGAAACCAGCUUAACACUUGCUGGUAGCUCUUCCGUUGCAGAGGAUGAUUAUAAAGCGACAGAGGUGAAAAUAAAAUCAUUUUUGGAUGAAAAGGCUCAAGAUUUGAAAAGGUUGCAGACCCCUCUGCUUGAAGAAUUCCACAACGCUAUGAAUCCAGGAAUACCACAAGGUGCACUUGGAGGAAACAACAACAGCUACAAGUUACCAAACCUACCAACUCUAAGCAAGUCACCUAAACGUCUUCCUAGCAGACGACUCUCAGCUAUCAGUGAUGCAAUGCCCAGCCCAUUCAAAAGCUCAAAACGUACAAGCAGAGUGAUGCAGCCAGGAACUGAGUCAACUCAAGUCAGCGAGUUAACCAAGAAGGCAGUAAAUAAUAGCCGUUGUUUUUCAGAGAUACGAAAGGAGUGGGAAGAAGAACUAUAUGAAGAGCUUGAAAGGCAUCGAGAGAAUCUGAGACAUGGUGGUGCAGGAGGGAAGUCUCCAUUAUCAGCUCAUAAAGGAUAGAGAGAAUGGUUAAGAGAAGCAUUGUUAUGUUUCUCACUUUUGUGAACCCAAAAUUACUCUGUUCCUUUUUUUCAUGUUUUCCUUUUUUGGUCGGGUGGUUUUCAUCACUAUUAUUGCAUUUGAUCUAUAUGUAGUUAGUUCUUAAAUGAUCCAUAAUAAUAUUAAUCGAGUUAUAUACUUAUAUGUAUCUUAACUUUCACUUAGUGACA